UCAGUCAGAGUCGUCGUACUUGGUGGCCCACGAUGGCGGCGUAAACUUCAUAGGCCGUCCGUAGUUUUUGGAUGUAAAGGCCAGUGAGCUGCCCAUCGUCUCGUUAUCAUUGCGGAGGUCCGCAAGUGACUCAUUGAAGGUGGCCUUGCCCUCUCGCCCGAUGAUGUAGGGGAUGUAUGCCUGACUCAACCGUACGAUGUACAUAUUGAAGAAGUGCUUGGCUCAGCUGUCGCUUCUGCUUACAUCAGCACCAAGCCGCCUGUCUCCUGUCGCAUCGAUGAAGAUCUUGCCCUGGACGACAUACUGCGUUUGUGUUUGUGUCUCUUGGUUCUCUCCAAUCACUUCUGUAACUGUCCAAUCAUCGCCUUCAGCCGACUGGACCUUCGUGGCCGCCACGACCCAAGUGUUGAGCUGCAUGACAUCCAUAGAUGACAAGAACAGAGGCAGUCUUUCAAUCUCAUGUAUCAGUACCAGCAGGGUGCAGUUCUCUUGUUGGCGGAAGAUGUCGUAUAAGGUGAGAUCGUGAAUAGAAACGGACCUCUGGGGGUUCCUAAAAGAGUUCUCAAGGGUGUAUUCCUCGAUGAUGCCGCCUUCACGAGCUUCAGUCUCCAACUCAACGCCCCGAUGUCCUUCACGAUCAGCGCCAACAGGAUGUAGUUUCGACUCAGACGACAUGUUGCCGCCAAGAACUCCCCUAAGCGAGAGAACACAGAAGCGUCGGCGGUGUGUUCGUUCUCCUACUCGUACCGUCCCUGAAUGAGCACGGUCUUAGCUCCACUUCGCGCAGCUGCAAGUGCUGCUGAAAUGCCUGCCGACCCGGGGCGACAACGACGUCAGCCUCGAGAUAACGCGUGAGAAGACCCGCACCGACAGAAUCACCUGAAGUAAAUGACGAAUGAGCAGGCAAGGCACCAGCCUGUCAUUCUUGACCCCCCAUCCUGUGGCCACGGACCCUCGGUGCUUCGGGGUGUCUCGCCCGGUGCCAACGCUUCACACACACGCGCAUACUUCGGAUAAAAAUUCUAAAACUCCAACACACACAUACCGCUGCUGAGAAUAGUGGCAUCAGGACGCAUGAAUAGGUCCUGGCCAGCAUCCCAUUGCUGAAAGAAACGGUAUGUGUUAAGCAGACAAGAAUCCCAUCACGCCCACCUCUAUCUCGAUCUGUUUGCCCUCUCUGUCGACGACAGGAGUGUCAGCGUCAAGUGCAUGGACGGGUGCGUCCUGCUUUGCAAGCAGAAGUGGGGUCUCAGCGUCACCAUUCACGUCAAUCACGGAGAAAGCCCAAACCAACCCUACAAUAGCC